AUGAGAAAUUUAGUUUUAAUAACACUUAUUUGUUUCUGUUAUGGAUCAAAUAACUUUAGAAAAAAUUCUAAAGAAAACCUUGAUACUUCAAAACAGUGUUAAAAACCUUGCUUGAACUAUAUAGAUAAAAUUCUUCCUGCAGCUACAAUAGGAUUUAAUAGUGGCUAAAAUGGUUUUACAUUCUAAUCAUUUGAUGAUAAAAAUCUACUAAAUUUAUGCUGUGAUUAGUAAAAAACAUAUGAUUUCUUAAAAGGAUUAAUUGUUCCAGAUUAUACUGAUGUUAAAUAGCUAAAGAUUUAAGACUCUAAUGAAAUUUCUGUUACUAUAACUCCUAGUGAUAAAAUUGCUAAAUAUUAUAUCCAAGUACAUUAGUAAUUUAAAAGAGUAGCACUUUAACUUGAAGCAAAUAAUUAGCUGUAGGCAAAUGUCACAUACAUACUUUCUACCCUAUAUGAACCUAAUAGAUGCGAUUAUACAAUAAAUUUUUUUGAAAAGAAUUGGUUUUCAGUGUUUUCAAAACUUGGAAAAUAAGUUUUAACUUAGACAUAAGUAGGCGCCCAAUUCGAAGUAUAUUUCUUAUUUUACACUAACUCGACCUAUACUUAAGAAUAAGUAGCUACAAUUUACAAAAAUUACAUUGAUCACAAUAAUGUAUUUACUGUUUACAAAGCAUUUGAUGCUGACCCUUAAAAUUAUGGCAUUAUAGAUGUAACUAGUUAAGGAAUUCAUCUAAAAGACUGUAAAAACUUUUAAGAUUAUCUAAAAAAGAUAGGACCUACAAAUUAUAUUUAAAUUGAAACAAACUAAAAUAUUCCUAAUUUUAAAGCAAUUGAUUCCUUUUUGGUUUUUGAUAAGGAAUCAAAUGAAAUAAAAUAAUGCAGUUAUGAAGCCUGGAACUAUGUAUUCAAUAGACAUUCUAAAUAGAUUUUUUGA